AUGACGAUGACAGACCGCCGCACCAUUCCCAGCUCAAGAAAGAGAUACAGCCUCGACAGCACAGAGACAGGCGAAUCUAGCAGUGUUGCUAGUCAGAGGAACGGCCCCGCUGCAAAUGCAACAGAUCAUGGAGGAGGGCAAGCAAGUAAGUAUGGGGACUUGGAUGUGCCGAAGGACAGUCACAGAAGUCACAGAACGAAGCAUAGUGGUGGCUUCCUCCUCGGAGACACGGCGAAACGGGAUUCCUCGAAACGCGCUUCCACGAUAGAAUUGCGACGGGAUAGAGAUCACAAGGGCAAAGCAGCCCAAAAGCAAAAGGGAAAUGGGCGAUCGAAUGUUGGGAGUAGCCCACCAGCUGCCAAUGUCAAGACAGCCAGGGACAAGCAAGACUUUGGCGGCGAUGCUACAGCAGACAAAAACUCUGAACAACCAGCUAGGGAUACGAAAGACAUAGCUCAAGCUCCAGCUCUCGAUGUCGAUUCAGCGAAAAUAGUAAACCUCGCCUUAAACCUCAGCGAGAGCCGCCGAAAUGCCGCACGACGCAACACAUCGAGCCCUCUCCCAGCCUUCAGCGAAGGGUUUGCCGGCGGUAGCUUACGCCAACAUCUCCAGCAACAGCGUCGCGUCUCGCGGAACAUGUCGCCGAAGCCAGAUCGCGGGGAACGGACAAUGACUGCUUCGCCCCGAGUAGCGAUACAAAGCCCGCUGCAGGCUUCAUUUGAUUCUACUCAGGAAGGAGGAUAUCAGUAUAAUUUUUCGGAGAGUACAUUGGCUAGGGCUGAGAAGGCGAAGAUUGCUAUUGAGCUUAUGGCGCAGUAUCGGCAGCUGUUGCAGUAUGUGCCGCCAUUGAAACCGCAAGCGGGAGGGACGAGCGAUGCGGGUACGGCGCCUGGAUCACCGACUUCAUCUGGCCCUGUUUCACGGACUGUUUCUGAGAGUACGAAUUUGCCGUCACCAAGGUCUUUGGGGAGGGAGUACAAUCCUUUGCAGUAUAUUAGGAAUCGAAAAGUCAGGUCGAGAAAUGCGAAGGCUAUUGAUGGGGAAGCUCAGGGAUUUGGGGAUCUAGCGAAGGUUUCUAGUUGGGUAGAUCAGGUGCGUAGGGAGUCUUCUUCUGAGGAGUCCCAAGCUGCAGAUUGUCUAUUUAUGCCUUCGUUCUCAAAAGCAGCGGAUACUGGAGCCACACCGCAUACUUCACCACAGAGCAAUGCUGGCAAGGGUCAAGCUACAGCCCCAAAGGUCAAACGUCCAAGGAUUGAUUGGGUCACGAAUCCAGCGGAUAUGAUUGCAGAUGUCUUCUGGCUGGAACAGGAUGAUAAUAAGAAGAUUAUUGAGGAUCGUCAUGGGUUGAGGGUCUUCCCCAAGAGUGCGGAGCUUAGAAGGCCAUGGUCUCGGCGGAGUGAAGAGCCGGAGCUUCAGCCAUCUCCAGGGCAUACUGUGAGAAAAGAACCAUCUACCAUGGAUCUUCGGAUUGAUACCCAACUACCGAAGUUCAGAUCUAUCAAAGAGGAUUUUGAUAAGUACUCGGAUGGUACUACUUCGAAAGCGAAGCAAAAAUUACGGGAUGUUCGUGAUGCUACACGCAUCCAUCAUGGGCACAAUGGUUCAGUUCAUGACCGACGUCAAUUCAUCCACUCUCUCAGCAGAUCUGAUUCGGAGUCUUCAGAUAGUGACGGGCCUCGCCGGCUGAGAAGAAAGCGAAGCGGAACAGAGGAAAGUGGAGACCGUCGCACAGAUAUUCUAGCAAAGCAGAUGGAAGAAAUGCUUGCCAAGGAAGCAGGAGAAACCGAGUGGAACCGACCUGAACGGAUUGACUCGCGGGAAACUGAUGAGUCUCGUGCUUCACAGAAAUCAUCUGUUCACAAGAACAGCGCUGGAAAACAGAAGUCCUGGUCACCUUCGCACAGUAGAUCUGGGUCUGUUGUAAACAACCUAGGUAAGUCAAAUAGAGACUCGCUAAGGAAUGGAACUUCGUCGGGCCGAGCAAGUCUCGAGGUGCCCGGUCACCGCUCCAGGCCCUCAAUGGAUGAUCUAGACUCGACUGCGCCAAAUUCUCCAGAGUCGAGGGCUACUAAGUUAGCAAAUUCGUUCAUCCCUAGUAUUGGUAUGGACUUGUCGUCUUCCUGGGGCCGAAACCUCUCUCCUGCGAGGACGCCAUUGUCUAAAGUCAGGUCAAAAAUCAGACCAGCAUUUCGUGACCAUAGUCGAAAUCGAAGCCAUAGUCGUGUGAGGAUCGAGCAAACGCCCGACUCUGAGCUUCUCACGCCUGCCAAGGAACAUACUUCUGAUAGUCCUAGUAGUGCAGAUAAACGCAGGCAAUCAACAAGCCCAGUAAAGAAGACCACAUCAAGGAGGACGGACGAGAGUCAUAAAGCGACCAAGAAAGGAAGUCUCCGAAAAGUCAAGACUGAAGAAUCUGGAAUUCGAGGACUGUUCAAAAACACUCGCAAUCCUGUCACAAGGGUCAGUGAUAUGUUUUGGAAGACUAAGGAGAGUUCGGCCGGGUAUGGAGAAUCAUCUGGGUUCUCGACCGAUGAUUCCGAUGUCGAAGAUAUAAAGCCAGCAAAGACCAAAGCAGAGAAACCUUCCCAGAGCGAUUUGGCUGCAAUAGAGGACAGUGAUUCACUACUCGUGGAUCAAGAAAAGCCAUCAUAUCUCAACGAUAUGCCGACUUUCACAUCACCUUUUGAACAUCGUGGACGACCAAUUCGAAACCGGUCUGAUAAUGCCGAGCACAAAGCCAGAGAAGAGCGCAGGAAAGCCUCCCGCGCCCAGCUCCUCUCGCCUCCGCCCCGAAUAGACGUCCAAAACGCCUCGCCCAGCUCUUCCCCAGACACGGGCCACAACAACCGCUUCACCCGUGAUUCGUCCGUCUCCGAGGUUGGCUCCCGUCGCGAAAGCCUCGCACCCGGCAUCGAAGGCGCUGACGCCCGUCUCAACGCCAUCCUCGGCCUCCCCGGAAAGCGCCGGAACGCUCUACCAAUCACCGGUUUAUCGAACCUAGAAACAAGACACGACAGAAGUAGGGAGCGUCAAUGGAGUAUAUCUGACCAGAGCGUCUCUCUUCAUCGCGGUCCGAUGACGAAACACGAGAUUGCUCGUAUCAGAGCACUGCUCCUCAGUCCAGGUAUCAAAGCGAAGGAAAUAAACCGGCGCGCACACGAGCUCAAAGAUUUGCGGGAGACCGAUGAGGCAGCGUACACAGGUAUCGCGGCACUAGCUACUGAUGACAUUGCGCUGGUGCCAAAAAGCCAGCAACAUAUGCUCGCUGCGCGCAUAUUAAGCAACGAUAUCCAGCUCUCCUCCGGUCUACUGCAAUCAUCCGCCGAUACAUUCAUCACUACGCCCAUCUCGUCCUCCAUAUCAAAUAUCGAUUCCCUCCAAUUCAAACUCUCGGAGACCCUCACGCCCAUGACGCGCAGAGCUGGAGAUGAAGCGGAUGAAGUUAGUAAGGACCUUGUGACCAGCCAGACGCUGCAGAUUACGCGGGUCACGGACAAGAUCGACAAGAUGAUGAGAAGGCGACGACGCCGCUUUAGGUGGGCGAGACGCGGGGGCUGGGUGAUUGUUGAGUGGGCGCUGGUGGGCGUUAUGUGCAGCAGGAGUCAACAAUCGCAGAUGAAUUUAGAGUCACGUGGUUUAGCCCCCCUUUCCCAUCGUCGCUUCCGAAUGAGUUCGCCAACCGGCUCAGACUCAUUAAACAUGCACUCUCGUGGUGUUUGUUUCCGAUCCUCAUCACAAACAUUGCUCCCACUCUCAUUAUCCCACACUAUCGUUUAUAAUAUCCCGUACACCGACAACAUGCAUGAGCAACUAGAAUAUCACUUUGUCAGUCCUGGCUCCCCUCCUUCACCGGAUGCCUGUAGUCUCGAAUAUCCCACGGCUUGUGGCACACCCAUCUCUGAAGAUCUGGCCGUCAGGCCUAGUUCUCCUCCACCAGAUCCUAGCAAUCUCCAAUGGGGCUCGGAUUCCGACACAUCCUCAGAUGGUACUCCCGGCCGUGCCAGAUUAUCGGGGUUGCCACCGCUAGGUACUAAGUACAGCCGUGUAUCCUUCGGUGAGCACCGUCUCAUCACACAAUCGAGGUUACAUCUUCGCAUCAGCGUGGAGCAUGAGAAGGGGAUUGGGCAGGAGUUGCGGACAGUCACCCACAUCAGCGUCACCUUCGCCUCAGGCGCCACCUUCGUUCUCAACUUAUCGAAAGUCAACCACAAAAGGAUUUUCAAUUCAGAGACUGGCGGAUUUAAUUCAACGACCCUGCGUAGAAUUCUAGAAGACCGUAGAACGAAGGUUUGCUUUGCGGAUAAGUGCACAGUCGAGGCACUCCAUCAUCUCGGUAUCAAAGUCUCAGGCGCUAUACAAUUCGAAGAAGCCAAGGAGUAUAUGCUCAUCAGCUUGAGGGCUCGCAAUUGGAUCCCGCGCGGUGCCAUGUUCAGUACACAGGAUCGGCUCCGCGAUCAAAAGUCUCUCUUUGUCAAUGAUGUCGUUCCGACCCAUUAUUUCUACCUCUUGAAGAAAUUCAAUCGUCUCGUUUUGCCGGACGUACUGGAUGGCACGCACCCGGACUUUUAUACCUGGCUGGAUGAUAGAAAUGGGGGGGGGGGGUGUCUCACAAGGGAUCAGUAA